UCCAUAGUAUACGUAUCAUAACUUAUAAUACUGUAUAUUAUUAUAUUAUUUUGCGGAAUAAAUUUUUUAUUCUUUUUUGUUUUUGUAUUUUCUGGGCAUUCGGAUUCUUCCAUGAAGAACAAAGAUUUUGGACACAGCCCUUUGGAAUGAUAACAGUCUCUGUCAGUUUAGUCUCAUGCAAGAAAAAACAUGCCCUGUCAAUGGCAAGACAUAAUCUCCUGUCUGCAUAUGGGGAAACUCCCUUUCCUGGCAAUAUCUUAUAGAUCUUCAGAAACGUAUUGGAUCUCGGAAUCUGGCUAUGAAGCUAAAUUCGUUAUAAAAACCGCUCAAAGUUGGAUCCUUUACAGGUAUCAACAAUGGCGGUUUCCUAAAGUUUGAGUUUUUGCACGAAACACAAAGUGGGAAAAUCAGUUCUGUUUUUUUUUUAAGAACUCUGUAUUUAAUGGAGAUCUUAAGCUGAAAGCUGUCGGAAUUGAACCUUUUUGGAGAAUAGCUUGAAUGCAUGCUCUCUCUGUCAAUAAACUUGGAUGCUUUCUCUCGAAACCGUUCUUCAAUUCGACGGUUCCUUCCCGUCGAUUCCUUCGCUUCUUCGGAACUCCGGCAUCAACCGCCGGAACCCAUUAUCGGAAAAUCUCUCCCGACGAAGCCCUUUUGCUCCGCCGACUCUCUCAUGGCCGCCCACGAGAUGCCCACCAAAUGCUUGCCGACAUUUUCCAGAGAGAUCGUCAUAAGGGUGUCAAGUACUGGACCUCGAUCCUUACGAAGUAUGCAAGAUCCGGAUUCGUGGACGAAGCUAGGGUUUUGUUCGAAGCUAUGCCGGAGAAGAAUGUCGUCACGUACAAUGCGAUGUUAUCUGGGUAUGUCAAAUGCGGGAGAAUGUCCGGUGCUUGGUCUCUGUUCCGGGAAAUGCCCGAGAAGAAUGUCGUUUCAUGGACUAUGAUGCUCUCUGCACUGUCGGAAGAGGGGAAGGUUGAAGAUGCGGUCAAGAUGUUCGACGAAAUGCCUGAGAGAAAUAUAGUUUCAUGGAACACGUUGGUCACUUGUCUGAUAAGGAACGGUGACUUGGAGAAGGCGAGACGAGUCUUCAAUGCAAUGCCUAGCCGCGAUAUCGUAUCAUGGAACGCUAUGAUUUCUGGGUAUGUGGAGAAUGACAUGAUGGAGGAAGCUAGGGUUCUGUUUGAAAAGAUGGAGGAUAGGAACGUGAUUACAUGGACGAGUAUGGUGGAUGGGUAUUGCAGGAUUGGAAAUGUUCUUGAAGGGUAUAGACUAUUCAGGGAAAUGCCCGCCAGGAAUGUUGUUUCUUGGACAGCCAUGAUCGGCGGAUUUGCUAGGAACGAGUUCUACCGAGAAGCUUUGCUUCUCGUCCUUGAGAUGAAGAAGGAUCUUGCUGUGAAACCGAACGGGGAGACCCUUGUCUCGAUUGCUUAUGCAUGUGCUGGUCUUGGUUUCGAGUUUCACCGUCUGGGCAAGCAAUUGCACGCUCAGGUUUUAGCCAGUGGUUGGGACAAUAUGGAUCAAGAAGGAAGAUUGGGGAAGAGUCUUGUUCAUAUGUAUGCUUCGUUCGGUCUUAUGGGCUUAGCACGCUCUCUGUUCAACCGAAAUUCCGCUGACUGUGAUCUCCAGACCUGUAAUAUGAUGAUCAAUGGUUAUCUAAGGAUCGGGUCUCUGGAAGAGGCCGAGAUUCUGUUCGAGGAAGUGAAGAGCUUCGGGGAUAGGGUUUCUUGGACAUCGAUGAUAGAAGGGUAUUUCGAAGCGGGGGAUUUGCAGAAAGCCUUUGAUCUGUUUCGUGAGAUUCCCAAUAAAGAUGGCAUUACAUGGACGGUGAUGAUCUCGGGUCUGGUCCGGAAUGAGCUUUUGUUAGAGGCUGCUUCUCUUUUUUCGGAGAUGUUCAAUCACGGUCUCGAGCCACUGAACUCGACUUACUCUGUUCUUCUCGGUGCAGCGGGUGCCAUGGCGAAUCUUGAUCAGGGGAAGCAUUUGCACUGCAUGAUCAUUAAGACAAAGUACUAUGAUACCGAUCUGAUUCUUCAAAACUCUCUUGUCUCCAUGUACGCCAAAUGUGGAGCCAUUGAAGAGGCUUACGGGGUAUUCUCAAGGAUGGUUCACAGAGACACAGUCUCAUGGAACUCCAUGAUAAUGGCGUUCUCACACCAUGGCCGAGCAGAAGAAGCUCUGCAACUGUUUAAACAGAUGCUGGAUUCGGGAACAAACCCUAACUCGAUCACAUUCCUUUCAAUCCUCUCAGCCUGCAGCCAUUCCGGACUGGUCACAAGAGGGUUCGAGCUAUUCAACGCGAUGAAGAACACGUACUCAAUCCAACCGGGCAUCGAACAUUACGUAUCGAUGGUAGAUCUUCUGGGACGAGCCGGCAAACCGAGAGAAGCCGAGGAAUUCAUCUCGACACUGCCUUUCACACCGGACAAGACGAUCUACGGGGCGUUACUGGGCACGUGCAGGAUCGCUGGAAAAGACACGAGGACUGCAGAACGAGCUGCAGAGAAGCUGCUGGAGCUCGACCCGGGAAACGGCCCGGGCCACGUGGCGCUGUGCAAUGUGUACGCUUGGAGUGGAAGGCACGAGGAGGAGCGUGAGGUGAGGAAAGAGAUGGGGUUGAAGGGAGUGAAGAAGAGCCCUGGAUGCAGUUGGGUUGUGGUCAAUGGUAAAGGUCAUGUCUUUCUGUCUGGUGAUAAGGUGACUUGUGAAGUUGUUCAUACAACUCUGUCCCUCUUGUGCGGUUUGCCCGAGGGACAAGAACAAGAAGAUUGGUCCGUUUCUGACAUUGAAAGCUGACAAUGUAAUGAGAUAUGAUGAUGGUGGUUCAUAUGCUC